CCGAAGAAUAACAGAAGAAUCAACCUAAACCGGAGAGUGAGAAUAAUACUAAACGCGGACGUAAACCAGUUUAGACCCUUAUCGUAGCGAUCUAUGUGCGAUUUUCUCACACUCAUGUCGAUUUAAGUGUUCCGGUUGCGGUUACGCAAUGCCUUCGAUUUUUGGAUUGUCGCAUACGGACCUACGCUUCUGAUUUCGUUAUGUCAAGAAACAAUUUUGUGUGCUCCAAAAAGAUUAAAAUGCUCGCAUUUAUAGUAACAGUUUUCGUUGUAGGAAGCUAUGUGUAUGGACAUGCAUUUAAAGGUGAUAUAGUACCAGGAAACAGAGCUGACAUGCAGCAGCAGCAGUCACCGUUGGUGCACCCAGCCUCACAGGAAAGUAGUCGGACGCAUAACAAAUUUGUACCGUCUGACUUUGGUGCCCAGCAGUGUGAAAAGAAGAUGAAGGACCUUGAAGAAAGGCUAUCGAAUAUAGAACAAGAAAGAAAAACGUACCCAGAAACAAAGUAUUUAACAUACAAGGACAAGAAACGAAUUUUGGUAACAGGCGGUGCAGGCUUCGUUGGCUCCCAUCUAGUAGAUGCCCUGAUGAUGCGUGGCCAUGAAGUGACAGUCGUUGACAAUUUCUUCACGGGACGAAAGCGUAACAUAGUACACUGGAUAGGACAUGAAAACUUUGAACUGCUACACCACGACAUUGUGAACCCAUUGUAUAUAGAAGUUGAUGAGAUCUAUCACCUUGCGUCACCCGCUUCGCCGCCACACUACAUGUUCAAUCCUGUGAAAACGCUGAAGACAAACACCCUCGGCACAAUAAACAUCCUAGGACUGGCUAAGCGUGUGAGAGCACGUGUUCUGUUUGCCUCGACUUCGGAGGUGUACGGUGACCCUGAGGAGCAUCCUCAGUCAGAGGACUACUGGGGUCAUGUGAACCCAAUAGGACCACGUGCUUGCUACGAUGAGGGAAAGCGUGUUGCGGAGACGCUGUGCUACUCCUAUAUGAAGCAGGACAACAUUGACGUGAGAGUAGCACGUAUAUUUAACACCUAUGGUCCCCGCAUGCACAUGAACGAUGGACGAGUUGUCAGUAACUUCAUACUACAGUCACUUCAGAAUGAGGCAUUAACGAUAUAUGGCUCAGGGGAGCAGACGAGGUCCUUCCAGUAUGUUUCGGACCUGGUCGAUGGUCUAAUGGCACUAAUGAGGAGUAACUACACACUGCCAGUGAACCUUGGCAACCCAGAGGAACACACCAUCAACGAAUUUGCACACAUAAUCAAGAAGAUUAUCGGUCAGUGUUCAAUCACAAAUCACAGUGCAGUUUGGUCUGGUUAUGUCGUGCCAAUGUUGGAUGGGCUAAACUGGACGAUAGCUUAUUUUAGAGAUGAAUUGCAACACGCCAAGCGUAAGGAGAAUUUCCACGUGUGGGAGCCAAGAUCAGCGAGCAACUACAAGAUGCAUGGACAGCAGAAUCAGCAGUGGCUCCCACACUUAUAA